UCGGACGACAACGCUAAACAGAAACGGGUCCAAGCCUAGAAAUCCAAUACAGAAACUCUUUCUCCUUCUGCCUCUGCAAAAUCUUCCCUUUUGGUACCCUCGUCUCCUUUCGAUGCAUUCCAAUCUUCUUUUCUUUUUCCUAACUCGGAUUUUAUCGAUCUCACACUCGUCCUUCACUUUCUCAGCGUCCAAACACUAUCUCAAAACCUCAAUCUUUUUCAGAGAAGCCUCUCAUCUGUUCUCUGUGUAUGGUUUAGAAACCAGGCACUCUCGUCAAUGUUAAAAAUCUCAAAUUUCCCAAAAUAGCUGAUGUUGGUUUCUCAAUUGAGUUCUUGAGACAAUGAUAUUAUAGCUUCUCGUCUUCCGCCUUUUCUCCAUCCAAACACCGUAUAAAACCUCGAAUUUGUCUACAAGUGAGAACAGAAAGGAAACCCACCGCCUAGAUAUCUCAAUUAAACUCUUUAAAACCUCAAUUUCUCAAAGAACUCCACUUGAGUAUUUGUCUGAAAAGGUUUAAUUCAUUAUUAAAAUAAGCUUCCUUCCAUUGGGGCCUGCUUAUAUUUUCCUUCCCUUUCUCGAUAUCCAAACAGACCUCCAUUAGUAAGUGUUUAAAUGGGGGUAUCUUUUAAGGUCUCAAAAACUGGCACAAGGUUCCAUCCAAAGCCAGUUAUUCUACCAGAGCCUGCUUUGGAUGAGGUUUCGGAAAAUUCCAAGGAGGGCUCUGUGAUUGUCUCGAAGAAUGAUUCCUCCACGAGAAAGCUUGAGGUUGGCUUAGUUGAGGGCAGUGAUGAUGUCUCUGGUGUUUCAAGUUCAACCAUCUCUGAGCAUGAAGUUUCGUUCGCAUUGAACAUCUACCCCGAUGGAUAUUCUAUUGGAAAGCCUUCAGAGAAUGAGGUUGCACAUCAGGCUAUGCUUCAAGAUGCUUCAAAGUUGUUGCAUCCAUAUGAUAAGACAUCUGAAACUCUCUUUUUGGCAAUUGAGUCUGGCUGGUUGCCUGGAGAUAUUCUGGAUGAUAUACCAUGCAAAUAUGUUAAUGGCACACUCGUUUGUGAGGUUCGAGAUUAUCGAAAUAAUGUUUCUGAGCAAGGAUCUAACACUCCACCAGUGGACGGGAAUCCUGUUGUAAAUAGAGUGCGCCUUAGGAUGUCAUUAGAGAAUGUAGUGAAGGAUAUCCCUUUGAUCUCAGAUAAUACCUGGACUUACGGUGAUUUGAUGGAAGUGGAAUCCCGGAUAUUGAAAGCAUUGCAACCACAUCUUUUGUUAGACCCUACUCCCAAAUUGGAUAGGCUAUGUAAUGACCCAACUCCCACAAAGCUCAAUUUGGGGCUGAGCAACUUGCGGAGAAAAAGAUUGAGACAGAUGCCUGAAGUAACCUCUAGUAACAGAAUCCAUGGGAAGAAAGUUUGUAUAGAUCGAGUGCCAGAAAGCUCAAGCAGUAGGUUAGGAGAUUCAGUGAUUAUUUCUGGCAAUAUGAUGCCACAGAGCAUCCCAGAGAAUCUGACCCCUCAAAACCUUGGUCCAAGCAACAUGUUAGCCAUGGGAGCAAGAAGCUUUGCACCUGAUGGCAAUGUUCCAGCUCUACCUUUGGUUUCACAGCAACCAAGGUAUCAGAUUGGUGUGGGCACCCAAAGAAGUAUACAGGAGCAAGGGUCAGGGACUCCUACUGCUAAUUCAGGAGUUUCCUCUGCUGGGCAGGACAUGGUGAUUUCAUAUGGUGACAAUACGAAUUCUGGUGCUUCAAGUCAUGGUAAGAGGGAGAAUCAAGAUGGGCAAAUGUCAUCCUUAUCCAGUUUUAAUAAGAGAGCAAGGCUUGCCUCCGUGGGUCCUGAUGGAAUUCAACAGCAGCAGAUAGGGCUCCAUAUGGAAGGCCUUCAUGCAUCAGAUAUGAACUGGAAGAUCUCUUUAUCACAGCAACAAGCAAUGGCAAGAGGAAUUCAUUAUGCUAAUGCAGGUGUUCAGAAAUAUCCUCAGCAGAUGUUUGAAGGCGUUAUAAAUCAAAAUGGUGCACCAACAUCAUUUUCUGCAGCACAGCCAGGUGUAAGGUUUGGUCCCAAGGAAGAACAGUUUGAAACAGAAAAGCUGGAUGGCUCAGAGCUAAAUCAGGGUAAAAAUGAUAUAAUGGAGACAGAAACAGGCCAUCUGGACCCACAGCAGUCACGGCUACAACAAAGAUUACCACAUCAUCUCAUGAGAUCAAGUUUUGCUCAGGCUGCAUGGAGCAAUCUCAGCCAAGACUCAAGGAAGGAGGAACAACUACAGAAGAGGAAAACAGUGCAAAGUCCCCGGUUAUCUGCUGGGACUUUGCCUCAAUCACCAUUAUCAUCAAAAUCUGGCGAAUUCUCUAGUGGCUCUGCUGGGCCUCACUUUGGAGCAGUUGCAGCCAAUGCUGCAAUUGGAUCAUCACAAAAGGAGAGGUCAGCUGUUACCUCGGUUCCUGCUGUGGGUGGAACCCCAUCUUUAACUUCCAGUGCUAAUGAUUCCUUACAAAGACAUCAGGCCCAGGCUGCUGCAAAGCGAAGAUCUAAUUCCCUCCCAAAAACUCCAGUAAUGAGUGGGAUUGGCUCUCCUGCAAGCGUUAGUAACAUAAGUGUUCCACUAAAUGCAACUAGUCCUUCUGUUGGAACUCCAAGUAUGGCUGAUCAAUCCAUGCUUGAAAGGUUCUCAAAGAUUGAGAUGCUGACUAUGAGGCAUCAACUCAACUGCAAGAAAAAUAAGGUUGAUGAGUACUCUGUCAGGAAAUCCAACACAUUUUCACAUCAAAAUCUGAUGGCUUGUCUCUCUAGUUUACCUAAUAGUGAGGAUGUGAAAGAUGAUGCAAGUGCAAGACAAUUAUCAAAGUCAAUUGUAGGUGGCAGCAUGAAUGUCUGCAAGAUGAGGAUUAUAAAUUUUUUGCAGGCAGAUCGAGUAUUACCAGGGAAUGUUGGUGCUUAUGGUCAUCGAUUAUGUACUAGAAUGAUCAUGUUAGAGAAGCCAAGUGAUGGUACUGUAGCAAUGCAUUAUGGAGAACCAGAGGAUGGUGAUGUCCUGUCUGCAGAGGAUUAUCUCCCAACAUUGCCCAAUACUCACUUUGCAGAUUUGCUUGCAGCACAAUUUUGCUCACUGAUGGUACGUGAAGGAUAUAUCGUGGAAGAUAAUAUUCAACCAAAGCCUAUCCGCAUGAAUAUUGCCUCAAGUAGUCAUCCAAAUGCUGCUGGAAUUUCUCCUAAUAAUUCAGCUGUUGAGGUGCAACAGUACAAUGAAGCAGUUCCAGGUCAGGCAUCCAAUGAAGUAAAGCCGAGUAUUAGUGGUAAUGCAUCCAUUAACCCAUCCCAGAAUCUAUUAGCAAACACUAGGAUGCUGCCUCCUGGAAACGCUCAAGCCUUGCCAAUGUCUCAAGGUCUCUUGUCUACAGUUCCAAUGUCUACAAGACCACAUCAGCUAGACUCGCAACCAUCUCUUCAGCAGCAACAGCAACCACAACAGCUGCAGCAGCAACCACAACAGCAGCAGCAGCAGCCAAAUCAACAUCCCUUGAUUCAACAACAGCAUUCACAAUUCCAGAGGUCACCAAUGGUGCUUCCAUCUAAUCCACUCUCGCACUUGAACACACUUGGCCAGAAUUCUAAUAUGCAGCUGGGUAAUCACAUGGUCAACAAGUCUUCUCACCUCCAGAAUCAGCUGUUACAGCAGCAGCAGCAGCAGCAACCACAGCAGCAGCAACUACAAACACAGCAGCAGCAGCAGCCGCAGCAACAACAGCAGCAGCAGCCACAGAUGCAGCAGAGGAAAAUGAUGAUGGGGCUUGGGACAGCAAUGGGAAUGGGAAAUAUGGCCAACAAUAUGGUUGGCCUAGGAGGCCUUGGCAAUACCAUGGGCAUUGGAGGUGCAAGGGGAAUAGGACCUGGAAUCUCUGGACCAAUGGCAUCUAUAUCGAGUAUUAACAAUGUUGGCCAAAACCCAUUGAAUCUGGGCCAAACUUCAAAUAUUAAUGCAAUAACUCAGCGGAUCCGUACUGGACAAAUGGCUCAGGCACAAGCUGCUCUGCUGACAUCAAGACUUAUGGUACAGAACAGAACAGGUGUGCUAGGUGGCCCUCAGUCAGGGAUAGCUGGGAUGUCAGGAGCCAGACAGAUGCACCCAGGUUCUGCUGGGCUUUCCAUGCUUGGCCAGCCUCUGAACCGAGCGAAUAUGAAUCCAAUGCAGCGGAAUGUAAUGGGGAAUGUAAUGGGGCCUAUGGGUCCACCAAAACUGAUGUCAGGGAUGAAUCUCUAUAUGAACCAACAGCAACAACCACAACAACUGCAAUUACAACAACAAUUACAGCAGCAGCAGCAGCAACAACAACAAUUGCAGCAACAAUUACAACAGCAGCAAUUACAGCAGCAACAACAGCAGCAAGAUCCAUCCUCAUCACUACAGGCUGUUGUCUCACCUCCACAAGUAGGCUCACCAUCAACCAUGGGAAUUCCACAACUGAACCAACAAGCACAACAGCAACCCCAGCAGCAACCUAGUCCACAACAGAUGAGCCAGCGAACCCCAAUGAGUCCACAGUUAAGCUCUGGAGCAAUCCAUGCAUUGAGUGCUGGUAAUCCAGAAGCUUGUCCUGCUAGUCCGCAGUUGAGCUCUCAGACCCUUGGCUCAGUUGGAAGCAUCACAAACUCUCCAUUGGAGCUCCAAGGUGUAAACAAAAGCAAUUCAGUUAAUAACGCAUAGUAAAGUUGGACUACCUGGUCAGAAGCAACAUCCUCUGAGCUGUUCUUUCGUGGAAACUAAAAGGUAUGCAGCGAGAAUAGGGCCAUUGAGUUCAAUCACGUUGAAGCUAGUUGGAAGGAGAAAUUUCUUGUGAAUAGCUGAUACUAAAAUUAUUGAGGAUAAAAUAUUCAAGUCUAGUGAUUAAUGGUUGCUUGCCUGCUUGGAGGAAAUUGCAUAUCCAGGUUUCAGUAUAAACACUGUGCUGUCUAAUCCAGGUGUCGGAACUUUUAAGGACUACGCCAUUGUUAGUUUGAUCACUGGCAUAACAUUCAAAUGGGGGCUGUUCUAUUAGCAGGAUGCUUUUUGUCACAUGAUUGUUCUCUAGUGGUUAGGUGUGUGCAGGAAUUGAAACGAUCUUAAUUGUAUUGAAUCGAAUUUAUUUUACUGAUUGAUUUGGUUCUAGAUUUUUUUUAAGUAGGGAAUUGGGGUGUGAUGACUCGAAGUAAUGUGCUUUUAUCUACUGGAUUAAGUCUAAGUAAGUCAGUAUAGAGCGGUUCUUUUAUAUAUAAUUAUUUAUUAUGUUAUUUUCUGAUUAUGAAUAUUUUCAACA